AUGACUUCGGUUUUCGUUCUUUUUGGAUUUGUCGCAUUUAUUGUGAUAAUGUCGAAUGCUGCCAUACUGAAUAUCGCCAAGGAACCAGUUUCAUCAGACAGCGAAGCAGCAGCGUCUGAAAAUGGUUUCUCGGCUGAAGACGUGCAUGCCGCGUCAAGACCUCUCGACAAAAGAGCUCAAACAUUCGUCCGAUUCGGUAAACGAGCACAAACGUUCAUACGUUUCGGAAGAGACGCUUGUUAG